GGUGUAGAUUGAGAUCACUAUCUAUAUCAUGUUGGACCACGCAGAUGUGAGUUUGACCCCACUGGAGAGGGUGCGGGCUUUGACAAAGAAGGGCAGCACGGUGGAUGUAAAUGAAGCUGUACCUCUUCGCAGAUACUUCCACUCGGGCAUGGAGAUGAUCCGCAUGGCCCAUGUGUAUGCAGAGGAGGGCAACAUAGAGCAUGCCUUUGUCCUCUACAAUAAAUACAUCACGCUUUUUAUUGAAAAGCUCCUCAAGCAUCCAGAUUAUAAGCUUCCUAAUAUUCCUGAGAAGAAGGAGACUUUAAGGGUAAUGUAAAGGCAGGGGCGCGAGAAUCAGGGGUGCCGAGGGUGCUACAGCACCCCCUAAUUUCUCAGGACUGUAAAUAGAACACAAAUUUUGGUUCAUUUCGAUUUAAUGGGACACUCCACUUUUUUUGAAAAUAGGCUCAUUU